AUGACCCGCCUGGGAAUAUCGCCCCAGAACUUGGCAACGCCGCGCGAGGCGGACUACAACUCCCGGCGUGCCCCGCGCGCAGGGAGCGUCUCCCGCCGCCCGCCUUCAGGGGAGGACCUGAGAGGAACGCGGCUUCCAGGGGAUCGCGGGCGGUGCGGGGUCGGUGACGUCACACCCGGAGUUUUCCGGGGGGAGUCGGCUCCUAAUGAGACUUUUAAUAAAGUAGUCUUAAGGAAGAGCAGAAACCUCGAGAGCCACCAACUGCCUAGGGGCAGCAAGACCCGGCAAGGUUCGCGGUCCCAGCUCCGAGCCGGCGGCCCCGCCCCUCGCAGAGCCGCCUUCCUGCGCGUGCGCACUGAGGGCGGCCCGGAAGAAAAAAAAGCUCACGCGCAGCUUCUUCCGAGCUUGCCCUGGCCUCGGGGGCGUAGGGUAUUAGAGUCUGGGGUGGACUGGGACUCUUGUCUUGGCACGUGUCUGUGUGGCACGGUCACGCACUCCACGGGGCGACUCAGACGUUUGAACCGCGUGGGCCGGGAUCACCUUGAACCCGAGGAGAAGCCGGCGUGGAAGUGGCUGGCAGAGGAAGAGCUGCUGCAGAUGCAGGCGGAUGCUGGCACCAGGGAAGGAAAGCUAGACUUUAUCAGAGGGAAGAGGUCUCCUGCUCCCUGCAGUGACCCCGAGAGAAAAAGGUUCCGCUUCAGUUCAGAGUCAGACUCCAGCUCUACACCACCCAGUCCAGACUGCUCAGGACCCCCAACCAAGAACAGCACCACCAAGAAGUCAUGUUCCAGGAGAGCCUUAAAGGAAGCAGUUGAGAGCACAGAUGAAGAGCAGCCAACAGCCCGGGUUGCCAAGAUGGGAUUAGAGGAGAGCAGUGAGGAGGAAGGGGAGGGUCCUGCCAGGGCAAGGAAGGUCUGGAAGGGAGGGAACACCGAGGAAGAGGAUGCUGUCAAAAAGGCACGGAAGGGGAGGGCUAAGAAGCAAGCUGGGGCCAAGAACAAGCGAGCACCGGGCCGAGCGGCAGCCAGGAAGAAGCAGGGCAGGGGAGAAAGUGAGAGCGGCGAGGAAGAGGCUGUGCAGGGGGGAGGCACGGGUGCUGACCGCCACAGGGAAAGUGAAGACAGCGACGAGGAGACCCUAGCCAAGAAGAGGGGGCACCGGGGACCCAGGCCGAGGGGCAGCAACGGGCAGAGGGUGAGCACCAAGCAGAAAGCGGCAGGCUCGGGAGACAGUGAGGACGAGAAGGGACCGGGGGCGGGAAGUAGUGGGGACAGCAGCGGGGAGGAAGGAGGGCGCUCCCCGAGGAAAAGGAGCAAGGACAGGGCCCAGACUGCGAGUGGGAGAAGGCAGAGUGCCAGCAGUGAGGACGGGGAAGGCAGCACACAGGAGCUGGCCACUGCUGGAGGAACUGCAAAGACGCGCACACCAGACGGCACUGAUGGUGAGAGCGCCGGCCAGGCAGGAGAGAGCGCCGGAGAGGAGAGGAAGAACCGCUCCUCCAAGAAGAGCUCCAAGAAAGGCAAGGCACGAAGUUCCUCUUCCUCAUCAGAUUCCAGUCCAGAGCCCACCAGCCAGAAGGCUGGGUCUCGUCGUGCAGAGGACCAUCCAGCUGUGGUGAGACUAAAGCGUUAUAUUCGGGCUUGUGGUGCCCAUCGAAACUACAAGAAGCUGCUGGGCUCCUGUCGCUCCCACAAGGAGCGCCUGAGUGUCCUCAGGGCUGAGCUGGAAGCGCUGGGCAUGAAGGGCAGUCCUUCCUUGGAGAAGUGUCGGGCCCUGAAGGAGCAGCGAGAAGAGGCAGCUGAGGUGGCUUCCUUGGAUGUUGCCAAUAUCAUCAGCAGUUCAGGCCGAUCACGAAGAAGUAAUGCCUGGAACCCUUCAGGGGAAGGAAUCCCCCCAGGGGAGCUUUAUCGACGAACCCUGGACUCAGAAGAGGAGCGACCACGCCAAGCACCUCCAGACUGGUCCCAUAUGCGGGGCAUCAUCAGCAGUGAUGGUGAGAGCAGCUGAACUCCAUGCCCCAAGGGGGACCUUGCCCUGUUAUACAAAGAGCCUGUGGCCCUGAAGCAGCUUCUGAAGAGAGCUAAGUUGUUGGCACAGUACUCAAUUUCCUGUUCUCUAAGGUUGUUUUGGGGGUUGGUUUUUUGUUUUGUUUUGAGAGUCAAUAAAGUAAUGUUUGUAAUUAC